AUGGCCUGAGGCUAACAAUGAGUCCUUGGUCGGGUUGACAGGAUGUCUCGUGUGAGACAUUCGGGAGCACACCGCGAUGGCGGCCAACACCUUCGAUUUAGAGGAUAAGGAAAGCAAGGAUGUCGACGAAAGGAGAAGCAGCAGAUGUAUUCUCUUUUUUCUAUUCAUCCUUAAAUUCAUAUUGUUUCUCGCAUUCCUCUACUUAUUCAUCUGCUCUUUGGAUUUUCUGUCCUCGGCAUUCAGACUCCUUGGAGGUAAGGCGGCAGGAAAAGUCUUCCAGAACAAUGAGAUCCUGCGGAACCCCGUGGCUGGACUAAUGAUAGGUGUUCUAUCUACUGUCCUGGUCCAGAGUUCAUCCACCAGCACGUCCAUCGUCGUAUCACUCGUUGGGGCUGGACUUCUGGAUGUUAAAACGGCCAUCCCUAUCGUGAUGGGCGCUAACAUCGGUACCUCUGUCACCAACACAAUCGUGGCUAUGGGACAAAUCACAAACAGGAGGGAGUUCCGCCGAGCAUUCGCAGGGGCAACCGUCCACGACAUGUUUAAUUGGAUGACAGUCAUCGUCUUCUUGCCACUGGAAAUCAUAACGGGCUAUCUAUUCCAUUUGUCCGAGGUCGUCGUGGACAGCUUAGCGUUGGAGGCAUAUGCUGAUGGCAAGAAAGACUUCCUGAAAGUAAUAACCAAGCCAUUCACGAAGCGAAUCGUCCAGAUCGACAAGAAAGGGAUACAAAAGGUUGCACAAAACCAAGACGUUGAUACUUUGUUGAAAACUUGUUGCAAGUCGAAAACCUUUCAGAAUUUUAAUGAAACGUUUGUAAACGGAACCAGCUACACAUUGCCGUCAAAAAAGAUUUGUGUGCAGGAGUGCGAGUAUAUUUUCAAAGACACCACUCUGAGCGACUCUGAGAUUGGCGGUAUACUGCUGGUGGCCUCUCUGAUACUUCUUUGUUUCUGCCUGUUUGUUAUCGUCAAGCUGCUGAAUUCAAUAUUACAAGGAAACAUGCGGAAAGUUAUCAAAAGAUUCAUAAACUACGAGUUUCCUGGAAGGUGCGGCUACUUCACCGGAUACCUCGCUAUCAUUGUCGGCUGUGGUCUUACAAUACUAGUACAGUCCAGCUCCAUAUUCACGUCUACCAUGACACCACUUGUCGGGGUCGGAGUUGUCAGUCUUGAAAGAAUGUAUCCACUAACGCUAGGUUCAAAUAUAGGAACAACCACGACAGGUAUCCUAGCUGCACUAGCACAAGAUGCGGACAAGAUGAGAAACCCGUUACAAGUAGCAUUCUGUCAUCUUUUCUUCAAUCUCUCUGGAAUUCUUCUGUUCUACCCAAUACCGUUCUUAAGGUUCCCAAUACCAUUAGCUAAAUUUCUGGGUAAAGAAACGUCAAAAUAUCGAUGGUUUGCAAUAAUGUACUUGGUCUGUAUGUUUUUCUUAUUUCCACUCGUGGUGUUCGCUUUGUCAAUGGCUGGGUGGAAGGUCAUGGCGGGUGUCCUUAUUCCGAUCGCCAGUUUGCUUGUUAUCGUCGUUAUAAUUAAGAUUACACAAGUAAAGAAACCCUCCAUCUUACCUACAAAGCUCCAGAAUUGGAAAUGGUUGCCUAUUUGCUGUCGGUCGCUGGAACCAGUCGACAGAGUGAUGAACAUGUUUUGUUGCGAUAGAUGCACUUCUAUUGUUGACGAUUCCGACUCCGACACAGACGAACCCGAGUCAAAGGUCAACGGCACCAAUGACCAGGAAGUCACACAUGUAUAAGGCUCCGACAAAGACGAACCCGAGUCAAAGGUCAACGGCACCAAUGGCCAGGAAGUCACACGUGUAUAAGGCUUUCACCGCUGGAGCUUGCAAAUCAAUAGCAUACAGUCUGAAUAUUCCAUUUAACACGUGCAUGCAGACUUACUAGCAUCAUGUUUUCACCGAGACAGUAUUAAGGAUGUACACCUCUGAGAAGUCAAAAAAUUCCUGUAUUAAACUUUUUUUCUUAUAUUGAUUUUUGGAAAAAG